AGAGGGCUGAGCCCAGGCUCCAUGACCCAGGUGUACGGUUGCAGCCCAGCACCUUUGCUUGCUUUCUUCACCAUUUAAGGAUGAGGAAAGCAGCUGCUCAGGGCCCAGCGAAUUACCUGGGAGUGAUUUGUUUUUGCUGUGAAUGCCUAUGCCCUCACCACACAAACAAGCUCCUGAAGAAAGGAGGGUACAGAGAGAGGGAGAAGAAAAAAAAAAAAGAAGCCAACAGGUUGAUCUGGAUUACAUCAACGGUUACACCCUCCUCCGUUUAAUGAACAUAGGAGAACAGGUGCUUGUAAUUUAUUAGCCAACCCACGAGCUGAGGAGACAGGAAUUAGCCGCCCAAGCUGCUCAGCGUGCCACUGCUCUCCUUCCCUUUGAGGCAGCAGCAGCGAGAAAACUUCUUUUUUUUUUUUUUCUUUCCCUACCUCUUUUCUCCUCCCCUAAAGCUGCAGAGCCACGAGCUGAGCAUGACUAACCCCUGCAAAGCCUUCAGCAGUGGUUCCCUCUGCUCCUGGGAGGCAUCGGGGAGGAUGAGCCGAGGGAGAGCAGCUGGCACGUCCCCGGAGCGCCUGGGCCGCUGCAGUCCCAGCAGUGUGACCAGCCCCAGCUGUGGGGCCCUCCAUGGAGAUGGUGGGUACCAGAGCUCCUCUUACCUCUCCAUCAACGGCACGUUCCUGCCUCCUGUGCAUCUCGACAUUGACACCGACUUCCAGGCUGUGCGGGAGCAGGAGAAGGAGGACAUCAAGCUGCUCAACAACCAGUUCGUGACCCUGAUUGAGAAGGUCCAGUGCUUGGAGCAACAGAACAAGAUCCUGACGACACGGUGGAACUUCCUGAAGGAUCAAGACAAUUCCCACUCUGAAUCAGACAUGAAGGCCAUCUACGAUCAGUACAUGAGCAAAAUGAAUCAAGAGAUGCAGGCACUCAACUACGAGCAGGAGAAUCUCGAGUCGGAGUUGACGGAGGUCCUGAGCACCAUGGAUAGCUUCCGAAGCAAAUACGAGGAUGAGAUUCGCCUCUGCAGUGGCAUGGAAUACACCUUCAUGGAGCUCAAGAAGGAUUUAGAUGCCAGUACCUUGCAUAGAACGGAGCUGGAGGUGAAACUCAGCGGGCUCCAAGAGCUGAUGGACCUGAAGAAAACCAUCUACGAGCAGGAACUCGAGGAGCUGCUGACAGAAAUUAAGGACAUUUCUGUUGUACUGGGAAUUGACAACACGUGCAAGCUUGACCUGAGCAGAAUUGUGGAAGAAGUGAGGGCUCAGUACGAAGCCCUGGCUCUUCGGAGCUGGGAGGAGGCUGAAGCACUUACCAGGAGAAAGCUGAAUGAAGGGAACAGCCAGUCAGCCACCUACGGGGGUCACCUCCUUGACAGCCGACGGGAGAUUGCAGACCUGAACAUCCAAAUCCAGAAGCUCAGGUCCUGCAUUGUGUCCCAAAAAAGCCAGUGCCUGUACUUAGAGGAGAAUAUCAAAGAAGCAGGAGAGCAUGGUGAGACAGCCCUCAAGGAUGCCAAAGCCAAACUGGUCAAGCUAGAAGAAGCCCUACAAAAGAGCAAGGAGGAUAUGGCUCACCUAGUGAAAGAGUAUCAGGAGCUGAUGAACAUCAAGCUGGCCCUGGACUUGGAGAUCCUCACUUACAGGAAGCUGGUGGAAGGAGAGGAAAGCAGCAUGGAGUCACCAAUACCCACAGUCAUCAGCUCCGUCCACUCCAGACCAAAGCACCAAGUUUCUGCCAGCACCUUAAGGAACUCCAAGCUGUUUGCCAGGGGAACAGCCAAUGUCAACGGUGAGAUGAAGCUGAACGGAGGCAGCACAAAGACUCUGCUCUCCAGAAGCCACAGCGACAACCUGGCAACACCUGAAGCAGAUCCCUACACCUGCAAUGCUCGGCCAAAGCUCAGCCCCCUGCCCACAGAAGAAUGCUCCUAGGAGAAAUGGAGCCCCACAGUACAAACCAGACCCACUGGCACCUGUAGGCAAACGAGGCCACGGCACUUUCUCCUGAACUCAAGCCAACGUCCAAGGGCUGAAGGAUGAGAAUCCACUCCAGGCUGUCCCUUUUAUCUUCACAGCAUCCCAGUUAACAUCUCUGUUACCAGUUACAAGCAGAAACCAACCCAGGGGUUUAGAACCUCUCUUAUUCCAGUACCCACACUGACAUCUUCUUCCUCUCUAGGUCUGUUUCCAGGGAGGAUUUGCAUUCAUAACCGUUGAGAUCUAUCUAUAGGAACCUUGGCAGGAGGGGAGAGUAUUAUUACACAAGCUCUUAACACAGUAGCCAUCAGCCCAACCAUUUUACCAGUAUUACAAAACCAUUCUUUCUGAUCUGUCUCUGUUCUGUGCAUGUCUGAGAGGUGCUCACUGAUGUGGCUUACAAUGGAAGGCAGCUCCAAGCCUUCCAAGCAGAGCUGGGGGAGAUGUGGGCGACCAACCUGAGCCAGGUGAAUCUGCGACAUCUGGAUUUGCAUGUCUGCUGACAAAUGUGCUGGCUCUACUGGGGAACCCUUGCCUACUUCAGAGUAUUUAACCAAUUUUUCUGCCAUUUGGGUUGCCCCUCGUUCUUUCCCAAGCCACUAAAGCUCAAACUCCUUCAGCUUUUAUUUUGAUAAGUCAUCUCUUUCUAUCACCUCUGCCUGUUGCACCUAAAGGCACUCCAGACUUCAAAUGCAAUGGUGCUAGGUCCUAGAAAGGGGAUAGCCUCUGGUUCCCAUCUAACUAAAACAAGCAGGACUUGUCUUUGUAUUUAUUGAACUUCUGUAGUGGCUUUUACCUUACCUGGCUGACCACAGCUCAUGCACUCCAGCUGCAUUGCACCAAAGCUCCUGUGGCCAACUCUAUAGCUGCAGUCCUGGCCUCAGUACACGCAUUGCUGUGUCCCUCUUGCACACACUGACACAGGCAGAGCCCUGCAGUAUUUUCCUUUAUGAGGCAGAGCCCUGACCUCAGUCACUGCCAUGCAGCCCCACCUGAGUUCACAGGAGCUGUUAACAGUCUCACGGUGCAUCUCCAUUGAGUGCAUCGCAGCAUUUUCGUGUUUCUGUAGCGUAGACAACGACUGCAGCAUCUAUGUAACCAAAACACCUGCUCUCCAGGGUUAUGGCUGUUAUAAUAAAGUACUGAAUGACACAUGCA